AUGGAGGAAAACUAUAGAACAAUUGAGUCGGAUCAGUUACAUGAAGCAUGGUCUUUUUUAAAUGAAUACUAUGAUUUUCGUCGUUUGGCAUGUCGUCGUAGAAAAGUUGAAGAGCAACUUCGUAAUGCUAAUAUUUCGUUGACGUAUGUUCCAUGGAAAUUAAUGGUUCGUACUGUAUUGUGUGAUAAUCUAUUCGGUGAUGAACAGUUAAAAGAAAUGAAUGCUAGUACUACAGAAUGUUGUACGGAAGUUGAUAUUGCUUUGAGUCAAACUGUUAUUAAUGAUUUACUUGGAGACGAUGAAGAAAAUACAAAUAAUCUUACAGAAACAUGGAUAGAAAUUGAUGAAUUAAAACAAAGUUUUCAACGAGCUGUUGAUCAUAUUCCAAUCAAUAGAAAAGCAAGAAUGGAAAUGAUGCAUAGAAUAUUAGGCUAUCCAACAGGAUAUUCUGAAGAAGAAAUGGUUGAUAGUAAUAAUAACUUAUCAUUGGAUUUAACACGUGUUCUACCUAUAGAUGAACAGAAUCAAAUGCAUACAGGUGAUUUAAUUGAAUUCGGUGGAAAUCGUUUACACGAUGCAUUUUAUAUAUAUCGUUUACCUCAAAAAGGUAUUUGGUCUCAAAUUCAACAAAUGUGGUCAAAACAUCAGAUUACAAACUUUGUAUUCAAUGAGACAGAAACAAGUACAGAAGAAAUCAUUUUAGUUCCAGCUAAAGAUGAAUAUGGCUAUGGUGUUCCAUAUUUAUUUGCCACGAGACCCACAGAAUUAUUACCUGAUGGGGCACUGUAUAAAUAUAUUGAUAUUAAUUGUCCGCUUAUAGCUAUGCAUACACAAAAUCUAACUAUCGCACUCGUACAAAAACAUCUUAAUGAACGUUUAAAUAAACCUCAAUAUCAAGAUAAAUAUAUGGGUGAAGAAAUGAGUAUAGAACUUGAUCGAUUUCCACAAGAAUACGUAGCCAUAGUACAUAUAGAUGGUCAAACAACAGACAAUGUCGUAUGGACACGACUUAUGCAUUACAAUGGUAAAGAGGGUGCUAGAGAUCUCAAUGAUAAUUUCGAAAUUUUCUGUUCACGUCGUAUCCUCGAAGCUGAACAACAAUAUCGACAAAAACAAUCACAUACAUAA